CCCGAACUUCGUCGCGGGGGCGCCGGCCAUGGCGGCCAGCGCGUCGUCCUCGUCGAGCACGGCGCAGCGGGCCACGGCCGGCGCUCGGGGCCCCUGGAAGCCGGAGCGGCGCCGCCGGAGGGCCAUGGUCACGAAGCUCUCCGGCGAGAGCAUAGAGCUCGUCCUGGAGCCCGGGUGCCGGGUGUCCGAGCUCAAGGGCCAGAUCGCCGCCCAGUGGCACGUGCCCCUGCCGUGCCAGGAGCUGGCGACGAACGGCACGCUGCUGCACGACGACGACCUGCUGUUCGCGGACAUCCCCCGCGAGCAGGACGUGAUCGACGUCACCCUCAUCUCGAAGAACAGAAGACGAUGGCGCAGCUGAUCGUCGGCAAGCACCCGAAGGCGCGGGACGAGGCGAUGCAGGCCCUCGCGACUUUCGCCAUGCGGGACCACAGGUCCGCCCGCCGCCUGGUGAAGCUGAUUCUCGACAAGAUGACCGAGAAGGCCUUCCGUCAGUUGGAGGGUUUUAUCCCAGGGGGAGACGACGUCCUCAUUCAGGAGAUGACGGUGUCAGAGGCCAAGGCCAGGGUGGCUGAUCUGCCAGGCUGCCUCGGGUUCACGUUCCGCGGGCAGCCUACCGGCGACCCCGUGAAGAUCUUCUUCAAAAGGAAGGCCUUCGUCAAGGGCGUGGACUGGACAUCGUUCAUAUUCGACCGCCACGACGGCCGGCAGGAGCUCCUGAUCCGGGAGCUCAAGAACCUCGAGAGGACCUUCGACUUCCUGAUGCUGUCCUCCCAGGAGGACGCGCGCGCGACGGAGACGCUCCGCGAGCAGCUCCGGGAGUCGGCGCUGACGGACCAGGCCUUCGUCUCGGCCGCGCAGAUCAUGCUCAAGGUCUGGCCCGCGUGCGUCCCCCCGGUGCUGGAGGCCAUCCUGGCCCGCCUGCAGAGCGGCCGGGGCCUGGUGGGCGAGGCGCAGCUCCUGAAGGCCCUCAGCAAGCACAGCGCGCGGCACGACGAGGCCGCCAUCGCCGCCUACUGCACGUCCCUGUCCAGCACCAUGGGCGACGCCGUGGUCGUGGCGGCCAAGGCGCUGCUCCAGCACGCCCCGCCGGGCCACGCGCGGGCCGUCGACGCCCUCGUCGCGUGCGUGACCAGGCUCGGGUGCUGCGUGCAGUCGCCGAUCCUGCGGGCACUCUGCCACGUCGCGCCACGGGGCCACCGGGGGGCCAUCGCCGCGCUGGAGGCCUGCCUCACGGCGCGGCCCCCCGCGAGCGUGGCCGCCCGCAGGCACGUCGAGAUCCAGGUGCAGGUGGAGCAGGGCCUCAAGCUCCUGAGAGCGGAGCCGGAGAGCAGCAGCAGGCCCCCGCCGCCGGCGGAGGCCGAAACUCCGCCCCGCAGCCGUGCGCCUGGCCCACAGGCAGCUCGGGCUCGCAGGCGUGGUGCACCCGCGACGAGGUGGGGCCGCAGCUCCGCUUGCCCGGCGAAGCCCUGCGCGGCGGCUUCGCCCACGGGAACGCCGGGCCGCACCCCGGCAGCUGGGCGCAGCCGGGCAGCCCGGGCAGCUGGGCGCAGCCGCCUGGCAACUGGGCGCAGUCGCCGGGAGGCCAGGCGCAGCCGCAGGGCGGCUGGGCGCGGCCGGGCGGCCCGGCGCCACCGCCGAGCGGCUGGGCGCAGCCCCAGCGCGGCGCCGCCGCGCCCUGGCCGCAGCCGCAGCACCACUGGCAUGGCUGCGCCGCGGCCCCUCCGCCGGAGCAAUGCCCCUGGCGCGGCGGCGCCAGCCACGCCUGGCCGGCGGGAGGCCCUCCGGCGGGCUAGCCGCCAGCGCCAGCGGCCGGGGCGGGGCCUCUCGUGCGGCUCCUCCGGCCACGAGGUGGGCCGCCGCCAGGGCGGUGGGCGCGCCGUCGUCGCCGGGAGUCGAAGGCAGGAGCGCCGCCUGCGCAGCGCCCCCGCAGACGGCCCGGACAGGCCCCAGGACGGACUCCCUCCGCACGCACUGACGCACUGCCGGUGCCCAUAAUGAUCUAGACGUGGGGCGGUUCGCCGUCCUCGCCUGCUUCUCUGUCUGAGCCCACGGUGGAGCCGAGACAGGAGAUGGGAGACGGGGGAG